UUUCGAUGUAAAUGUUAAUAUUUUGUUAGAACUUUAUGCGAUUAGUAGUAUUUACACUUUAAAAUGAGUCGGUCGUCGGCGGUAAGCGUGACUUUGAAGAUUCUACAGUUGAUCACCUGUGUUGCUGCUUUGAUUUAUAAAAAGCUCACCGACAAUCGGGCCCGCAUGACCCUGAGGAUCAAUCAGAAGAGUCUCAACGAAUGGAAGCUAUUGGAAAAUGUGAACUGGUCACAGGAGGGCAGUGAUUUCAGCAUCUUCACAUAUGCGGGAUACACCUUUAUAAUUGCCGUUUGCUUACUGGAAAGAUUCAUUAACUAUCGCAAAAUUCCCAGCACCACAGACACACUAUUCCUAAGGUUUGGCAUGAUCAUAUUUUGUCUUCAAGGUAUUAUGGUAUUCUACACCGUGGAAUAUGUCCAUGAGAAUAUACAGCUGAAUGCCUUGGUAUUGGGAGGCUUAAGUUUUCUGGUGGCCAUUCUAUUCUUCUUGGAAGACUGCUGCACCACCAGGAGCCUGAGAACGGAUAAUAAGUUCAUGCAAACCGAAACUUUGAAACCCAUCUCUUCCAUACCCAUUAAAGUCAGCGAGGAUGAUGAUGUGCUGCAUACGUAUGUUUGAAGAGACUGGAAUUUUUUUGUUUGUAAUUUUUAAUAGUUUCUUUGUAAUAAAUAAAAUCAAAAAAUAUCUGAA